AUGUUAUCGCAAGCGGGGGCUGAAGGUCAGAACCUGGCGUUAACCCCCACCGCCUCUCCUCCCUUUUAUACGGCCCACCUAACGCACCGGGCCUGUCUCACUUCCACUUUGCACGUUUAUUGUCUUUUUCCCCAAAGUGCAAUUAGACAACCACUAAUUUACGAAAUUGCUGCUUGGCUUCACAAUAAGAGCCAGGACUCGGAGCGGCACGCCGCGAUCCUGACUUGGAAUUACGUUCUCGCAGUAGGCGUCGGGUGGACAUUGUAUGAUGUAUCCCGCACUUCCACUACAUCCAAUUCGAGCGAAAUAAUUGGAAUAUGUCCGCAACCCAACGUCUAUGACUUUACAAUGCAGCACGCACCUAUGGCAUCUUCCGAACUGCUCUUGGAGUUAAUCUCGUCUAUUACUAGGCAGGCAUCGAAUCUAUCUUCUCACCGGCAGAAGGAGAAGCAUGGAGCUCAUAUGCUGGACUUGCGCUUAAUCACCCGGAAACCUUCGUUGAACUGCAUUGUUUCCGUGCACGAACCUUCUGAAAGUCGAGAUUCUAAUGCGUACUACCGAUGCCGGCCAUGUCUCUUCGGUACUCCCAUCAAUGGGACAGAAAAGAUAGCUGAUUCUUUGAAUGAGAUUGAUAGCGCGAAAUGCAAACUCCCGGUUACGAAGCAGCUCGAUCCGAUAGACCUUAAAGUCCUCUUACAAGCCCCAAGAAGCACAGACCCAGAGGACGUCAUCCUACUUACCGACUCCUCUUCCUCCUCUACACCAAGCCUGCUGACCUCUGAUACUACAAGUGAAAAGUCUGUACCCAUCCUCAUCAGCGAGUUAUGGAACCAGGAGAUGAAGCGAUAUGAGUCUUGUUCUACUAUCGGGGGAUCCGUGACGGGCAGCAAAAAUGUGCCAGAACCUGGCCUUGAGACAAUCGUUCCUCGAAGCAAAGCCAAGCAAAACGUAGCCCCAGUAUCUCGCAUGAAUCGACAAAAAACCUGGCGAACGCCCUCCGCUCGCUGUGGAUACCGACAACGACUACCCAACGAAGACUGGUCCGAAUACAUUGAUCGUUCUCUCCGAAACUUCGGGAAAUCUCUCCUCAAAAUAGCAACCGAAAUUGAACUCGAAGCAUCAGACUUGCCAUGA